UCGCGAGUACAGAGACUACAUCAUACAUAUACACUUCAUGAGUUCGCUGAUGGUCUGUGCACGAUAAGUACACUCUGCGACCUACAGCUGUGUCUGACAUCACCGGACCAUGCUCAAAGCGAGUGUUGGUAAAGGAACCUGGGUAUGGAGAGGAGCACAUGGUCAUGCAUACUGCCGGCAUACGCACACCUGGUAGAACCAAAGUCCUUGUCAUGUGCUGGAUGGCUAUCCAGCGCUCUACUUUGGGGCACUCCUGCUUCUUCAUGCGCUAUGACACGACUACCUCGAGCCACAUUCGACGCUGUACAGUCUCUGCUUCAAGUUUUAAGCUGUGCAACGGCCAGACCAUCGCAUCACCCAGCCUGACGCUUCCUGCCCUGUCUUUGUGGUCAGAUCGUGCGUUCUCCUCACAUCUGCUGCAAUGGUACAUUCGACGUUGACUAAGAUUGGCCAUUAUGUCAAGGACCAGGUGUUUUGAGCCACAACAUCACUUCGCAUGCCUUCGUCGCCGCCCUGCAGUAGAUGUCAUUCAGUUUCCUCAAGUAGCCACUGGCAUUGCAGGUGAAACAUGCCAAACAAUGCAAGUAUUGCGACUGAGCCUGUGGCAGCCUGAGGUGCGAUGGCAGAUCGGCUCAGUGGAGGUCCAACAUUGGCAGACAUGCUCGCAACGAUAGCCCACUAUCAACAAUGCUCUGACUUGCAAAUACCCGCCUGCUCUGGACUCUAUACCGACACGCUAUGCACUGCUUUUCAAAGCAAGCGCGCAGUACGCAAUAUGACUUGAGUCAAAUACCAAGACUUUCCGUCUAUGCCAAGCGUCCCUGAGCCCGGUAACCGCUACCGAACUUUUGCUCGACGAUGCAGAGACUGGGCAAUGACCGACCUUGUCGGUACGACAUCCCAAGCUGUACUGGUCAGCAUACCUUGUGGAAACAAGACAAUAAAGGCGAUCCCAAGUGGGUCGAUAUGGAGGUGGGUAACCUCAUGUAAGGGGAUGAUGAAAAUGAUGGUCUCAAUACUGUUGACUGGCCGAGUGCACAAAUACACGCAAGUCGGCGUUCAACAGUACCGAUGAUUGUUGUGUCGCCGACGGACUACAUCUCGUUCUAUGGACGGACUGAUACAUCAAGUCGCAAAAGGGAAUCUUGCCUCACGGCAAUCUUUGUGGUGCAACUAGAAGGAUUGCACACAUCGAGAUUGCCACUCACGCCUCAUCUCUACUGGCAAAACGACCUGGAAGUAAGCGAUCCUUUGCACACGGAAGGGUCCUGGACAGACACCGUCGCAUCUUCUGCGCUCAACAGUUCAAGAGGCAGACUCUGAGGUUCGACAGGCGCAAGCUUCAUUGUGACAGUCGGGAAAAGCGCUUUGAGGGCUCAUGCUUGUCUGGGCAACACAAAUUGACGCAUAACCAAUUGUUGAUACGCAUAAAGCCAGCGUGUCUUACUGUUAUCUGUAUUUUGCCUGCUACGACGCGACGGCAAAGUACACAAACGGCCCGUAUAUCUUCCACUUGAGGACUGCAUAGUCAAGUUUUGUUCGCAUCAACAAGGCUUUAUCGAAGAACGGAUUUCUUCAAGCACUGGAAGUAGAUGUACAGCAGUCUUGAGAAAGAGUAUGAGAGCAAGCCAUGAAGCUGCGCUGGUACGAGCGACAGGUCGGCGUUUUUGCAGACACAAGACAUUGCGAUCUCAGACUGCAAAGCCAACUGGACUUUACAAGCAGAUCCUAAUCGAUUAAAGACAAGAAAGAGAUCGUAUUCACCUAGAUAGUGGAUCCUGUGGUGGUUUUUGACAAUCUUUCUGUGAAUUGA